UAGGCAGGGAAUAGUCACAAAUUGGUGCCGUGACCAGGAUGGUCAAAUCGGCUAAUUCUUAAUUUUAAAAGUAGGCGAAAGCCUACAAAUUGUUGUCCGUGAAUUGGAAAGAGUCUAAAGAGAUUUAUAUGUUCAAAUAGGCUUUAUAACCUUUACAGUCUGGGGGUUGUAAAGUUUGAGGAGUCUGGGGGUUGUACGUACUUUUCUUUUGUUUUAGGUGCAUAUCGAGUUAAAUGAAUAUUCAGAGUAAUAAGAAUUAAAACUAGUUGUGUAUAGUGACGAUUACUAGACUAAAGGUGUUAAUAAAAGUGCUAAAUACUUAUAUUGAACGUUACUGGAAUAACAAUAUAUUGUUAUUAUUAUUUAAUUUUCUGACUAGCUUAACAACUAUACAACAAAAUGGUUAGAAAAAGGAAUAGACAAAAUGACAAUGAUGAUAUCAAUCAACCACUUGCGCAACGUCGCAAACAAACCCAAGAAAGUGCAAAUGAUCGUAAUUCAGAGAGAAUAGAACCCACACAAAGCAGCAAUGCUAGAACCAUACGACCUUCCGUUGCAAGACGACAAAAACUUGUGACACUUUACAAGUUAAUGAAACGUUCAACACGUGUAAUGGAGAUGAAAAUUAAUAAUUUAGAACGGGAAUUACAACAAAGAAAUGAGAGGACUGUAGAGUCACAACAACCGGCGUCCUCUUCAAAUAUAGUCAUUGAAAAUACUCCUUACAAUAUUUUAAACAUAGCUACAGAGAAACCAAAAUUCGAUAAAAAUAAAAAUCAUCCCGUCACAUUUUUAGAAGAUUUAACCGCGUAUCUUAGAAAAAUUCCAAGUAAAGGAAAAGAAUUAGAUUUAAUUUAUGAAUGUUUACAAGGUGAAACUAGAGAUUGGGCGAGACUUUACUCUCCCCAAUGGAAGUCUCUAGACGACUUUAAAACUGACUUUCUUCACACUUACUGGGGAGAGUCAGAACAAAAUAAAAUAAGAAGAGAUAUUGUAUGUGCAAAAUGGAAUAAAGUACAACACCCCACCAUGCUCGGUCACUUUUUAAGCCUAACUAGCCAAGUUCGAAUGCUAUCUUUCACCAUACCAGAACAACAACUAGUUUCAGACAUGAUUAGGCAUUAUCCGAGACAUAUACAACAAAUGUGGGCAAUGUCAAAAGGAGAUACAGUUAUCGAAUUAACUGAUUUUUUGCGAAAUCUCGAUGACAUCAAUAAACAGGACGACGGAUUGCCACCACAUAGUUCCAAACCAAAAAUUAUAAAAGAUGUGAGUAAUAACAGAGAACGUUAUAUUAAUAGAAAUGAUAUUCAGCAUCCAUAUAAAAAUCGGCAGAAGCAAGAUUACAAUAAAAAUUACCAGCGACAAAACCAUCAAACAAAUUUAAUUCACAAUGAUUAUACUGAAUAUGAAAACGAUUGCAAUGGAGAUUAUAAUAAUGUAUCUCAUUACAAUAAUUUAAACUAAAUAUGGCUGAACAAAACGACCCCGUCUCAGCUGUUAAAUCAGGGGAUGAAGCUUUGUGUAUGAUGUUAAAAACUGGCUGGUUGCCUGGACAACCACUAGGCAGAAAAUUUAAUGGUAGAGGCAUACUCCGACCAAUACAAGCUGUUGGACAGAGAGAUAGAACGGGAUUUGGUUAUUAUAAGGAAGACAUCGAAAAUCAGAUGGUUCAACUGUUUAUAUCAAACUGUAACAAGGAAAAAUAUGUUGUAGAACAUGAAGUUCUAAACGUUUUUGAGGAACACGAAAACUUAGAUUUAAGUGAUACGAACAUAAGAUGUGAAAUUCCCGUUAAGUUAAUUACGUUAGAAUUAGAUGCAUUACUCGAUACGGGUAGUGAUAUCACUUGCAUAUCAGAAUUAACUUAUCUUGAGCUUAAGCAUUUUAAUUUGCCUAUGAUGCCAGUUAAAGCAAUACAAAUUAAGGGUGCAAUAGGUUUAAGUAGUUCAAAAAUACAACAAAUGGUGAUGAUACCAACUGAGAUAGGAAACUUAACUUUAGACAUUGGUUACUUAAUUGUGCCGAAUUUGUCACGAUCAGUUAUACUGGGAUUCAAUUGGAUCAAACGAAAUGAAAUAGUUUUAGAUUUUAGAAAAGAACAUAUGCAAAUAAAGUUAACGAAGAAUAAUAUAGAGUACAUUAUACCUAUCGUAAACCGCAAUACAUGGUUAAAUAAGACUGUAAUGACUAUUGCUCAAGAAAAUUUCGACUAUGUUUUAGAAAAAAUUAAAUUAGGGACAGAUAUUACUCACCCUGUUAAACAAAACCUUUUAAAAAUGCUAUAUAAAUAUAAAAACGUUUUUACUAAAAAAUUAGGACGUUGUAAUUGCUACGAGCAUGAGAUAAUAAUGACUAAUAAUAAACCCCUUGUGAAAAAAUCAUAUCCUAUACCUUACGCCUAUAGACAGAAAAUGGAAGGAAAACUUAAGGAACUUGAGGAAUUAAAUAUUAUUUCAAGG